AUGGAGCAAAACUCCCAUAAUGUUGUUGACAUUCAGCUACCAAACGACCCCGUUGAUCAAAUUACUCGGUCAACUUCACAAGACGUUGAACUGGCAGCUCUUCCUGCAACUAAGGAACCAACCAAAGCAGACGACCUAUUCCUGGUGACCUUCGACGAGCCAUUUGAUCCAGAGAACCCGAGAUGCUGGUCCAGGAGCAAGAAAUGGACAGUUACCGACGUCCUCGCCGCAACAUCCUUCAACCGCAUCAUGGUCAGCACAAUCAUGGCCCCUGCCCUCUCAACCAUCUCCCACGAACUCCACAUGUCGGACAUGGAAGCCGUUAUGGCUCUGUCCGCCUACAUGCUAGCAACAGCCUUCGGUCCACUCGUCCUUGGUCCGCUGUCGGAGCUCUAUGGUCGCAAGCCGCUGCUUCAUGUAUCGAAUGUCUGGUUCCUGGUCUUCAACAUCGUCUGCGGCUUCGCAAAUUCUAAGGAACUGCUGAUCGCGUCUCGUUUCAUUGCUGGAUUCGGGGCCAGUGCGAUCUACUCCCUCUCUGGAGGGGUGUUGGGCGAUGUCUGGACGGCGGAGCAGCGCGGAAAGUCGUUGGCGAUAUACCUGCUGAUUCCGUUGCUUGGAGCGGCGGUCGGACCCAUCAUUGGCGGCUUCAUGGCGGAACGCACAACCUGGCGCUGGAUGUUCUGGUCGACGUCUGCUUUCCAGGCUGUGAUGAUCAUGCUCUCGUUCUACGCCUUCCACGAAACGUACGGACCGCUGAUCCUCCGUCGUCGGGCAGCGAAGCUGAGAAAAGACACUGGAGACCAGCGCUACUACACCGCGGCCGAGCGUCUCGACGGCUCCAAGUCAGUUCGCGAAGUCCUACUCCGCGCUCUCACCCGACCACUGCGCCUGCUCGCCACGCACCCAGCCGUCCAGUGCAUGGCGCUGCUCAGUGGAUUCAGCUACGGCGUCCUGUACAUCGUCCUCUCCACCUUCGCCGACAUGUGGAUCAAGCGCUUCCACACCUCCAUCGAGAUCAGCGGUCUGCACUACAUCGCCGUCGCCUUGGGUGAAAUCGCUGGCUCGCAGGUCGGUGGAGCACUGAUGGAUCGCGUAUACAAACGUCUCACCAGACGAGCGAACGGAGAGACGGCGCCGGAAUUCCAUCUCCCGCUCAUGCUACCUGGGUCCAUCAUCGGUGCGGCUGGACUGUUAAUCUACGGCUGGGCGGCGCACUUCCCUGUCUUCUGGUUCGUCGUCGAUUUGGGAGUCUUUGUCUUUUGCCUUGGGGCGCAGAUCGCUGGAAUGCCGUUGAACGCCUACAUUAUUGAUGCGUAUCCAGAAUAUGCGAGCUCUGCGACGGCGGCUAUGCAGUUUCUGAGGAGCUUGACUGCCUUUGCGUUCCCGCUGUUUGCGCCCAAGAUGUACGCCGUGAUGGGGUAUGGGUGGGGCAACAGCACGAUCGCGUUCUCUAUUCUGGGUCUUGGUAUGCCGGCGGCGGUGGCUCUGUGGGUGUUCGGAGCGAGGUUGAGGGCCAAGCAAGAGUCGGGGUACUGA